AUGAAGGCCACCUGGAUCAGCUUGCUGAAACGAGCCAAAGGAGGUCAAGUCAAGAGCUCCGAUGUCGGUGGUUCGGCAGACUCCUACACCAGCCGUCCAUCAGACUCCGAUGUUUCCCUUGAGGAGGAUAAGGAGGCAGCACGCAGAGAAGCAGAGCGACAGGCUCAAGCACAGCUUGACAAGGCCAAGACUAAACCAGUUGCAUUUGGCGUUCGCACCAAUGUCAGCUACAGCCCGUGUCAUGACGAUGACGUCCCCGUGCCAGGGAUGGCCAUCUCCUUUGAAGCUAAAGACUUCCUUCAUGUCAAAGAGAAAUUCAACAACGACUGGUGGAUAGGACGUCUGGUGAAAGAAGGUUGUGAAAUUGGCUUCAUUCCCAGUCCGGUGAAGCUUGAAAACACUCGCAUCCUCCAGGAGCAGAGAGCCAAACAGGGCAAGUUUUACUCCAGUAAACUUGGAGCAAACUCAUCGUCUAGUUUAGGUGAAGUGGUUCCUAAUUCAAGGAAAUCUACUCCUCCUUCAUCUGCUGUUGACAUAGACGCCACAGGUUUAGACCUCGAGGAAAACGAGCUCCACGUCAACCUGCGCUCCCCUAAAGCCAAUCCAAAUACGGUUAUAUCACAUCUUGCAAAAGAGAAACGAAUGACCUUCUUUAAGAAGACAGAACACAUUCCUCCGUACGACGUUGUGCCUUCUAUGCGGCCUGUGGUUCUGGUUGGACCGUCGCUGAAGGGCUACGAGGUGACAGACAUGAUGCAAAAAGCGCUGUUCGACUUUCUGAAACACAGAUUUGAGGGAAGAAUCUCCAUCACUCGUGUCACGGCGGACAUCUCACUCGCCAAACGCUCGGUCCUGAACAACCCCAGCAAGCACGCCAUCAUCGAGCGCUCCAACACCCGCUCCAACUUGGGUGCUCCAGCGGCUCAUCAAGUCCAGAGGCAAAUCCCAGUCCAAACACCUCAACGUCCAGAUGGUAGCUGCAGACAAGCUGACUCAGUGUCCCACUGAGAUGUUUGAUAUCAUCCUAGAUGAGAACCAGCUGGAGGAUGCAUGUGAGCACAUGGCUGAUUACCUGGAGGCCUACUGGAGGAGCACACACCCCCCAAGCUGCAGCUCCUCUGACCCAGAGCUAACCGAGCUAACCACGGCCUCCCUGCCCUCCGCCCCGACGCCAGCCUCCGGUGUGCAGGGUAACGGCACAGAACAGAAAGGAGAUAAAGCGUUAGUGGAGAGGAAGGGCUCCAAAGAAGAUAACCAGCAUCAUCACCACCAUCACCACCGCCAGAAGAGCCUGGACCAGUCGGCAGCAGAAGCUGAGGGCGACGGUAAUGAGGAGGAGAGGCCCCUAAGGACAGAAUCCUCUAAGAAAGCCCAGCACGCACACCACAGGUCUUCUUCUACCAGGACUGAGCACCACAACCACCAUCACCACCACAACAGCAGCAGGGCCCGGGGCCUCGCUCGGCAGGAGACUUUGGACUCUGAGACCCCCGAGAGCAGAGAGAGCAAGGAUUCAGCGCAAAACGAGCUGCGCGCCCCGCUCCGCCACCAGGACGAGGAAGAGGAGGACGAUGAGGAUCUAGAGGAGGAGCACCCCCAGCAGCAACAGCGGUACGAGCCACUGCCCCACCGGGACCACAACCACCAUCACCACCACCACCAUCACCGCAGCGGGGGUGCGGAGGAGGCUGGCCACGGCACGGGACACCACCACUGCAAGGAGCGCGAGCAGGACCAUAACGAACGGAACAAGCAGCGCUCCCACCACCGACCGCCACGAGAACACCACCACCACCAUCAUGAACGAGACAGAGAAAGGGACCGGGAGGGGGAGGCGGCUCCUAAAAAGAGGGGUGAGGCAGGUGAGUGGACCAGAGACCCAUACAUCCAUCAGUGAAAGUCCUGCUGACGCCCCCAUGGACUCCCCUCACAGAGCGUUCUGUUCUCCCAUCAUGCUGCUAGACCCUGAAGCAUCCUGUUUAUG